CGUCAUCUGAAAUGGGGCCUCAUACCUGGUCCACCUGGAAUAUCUGUGUUGUCUCCCAGCUGUGGCUAGGAAAGGUGUGGCUUGCUACCAUGUGGCGCAGCAGUCAAGAGACGGAGUUGCAUUACGGAACCCUGACGCCAUGACAGCUCUUCCACAUCGGACCUCGUUGGCCUCCUCCGAUAUCGUUGUAGCUUCUAGCCGAACAACUUCACUUUGAUACGAACACGUCUGCGUCCCGGAAACCUUCACGAUGAAGCAGCUCACACUCGACCCUUCACAGAAGCAGCCCCCCACGCGGGAUCACAAAGACUUCCCUAGCCAUCUCCCUGAUGCGAAGGAAAUCAAGGUAUCCCCUGCAAGUACAGGCGGAGAAAAUGCAGGCCUCUUCUUCAUUGGAACAGCAACGACCAUUAUAGAAUGGGAAGGUGUACGGAUUCUGACGGAUCCAAACUUCCUACAUGCUGGCGACCAUGUGCACCUGGGUCCUGGGGUCACUUCCGCGCGCCUCACUAAUCCUGCCAUUGGUCUCCACGAGGUACCUCACAUUGAUGCAAUCCUACUCUCCCAUUACCACGCGGAUCAUUUCGAUCAGGAAGUGGAAGCCUCUCUACGCCGUUCCAUUCCCAUUAUUACCACCCCCCAUGCCAAGAGGCACCUCACCUCUAAAGGGGAAGAUGAGUCUUUUACUCAAGUGUACGAUCUGGACUUCUUUGACUCCAUGCUGCUCAAUAUCAAGACGAGGGAGGGUGACCGGAAACCCGCAAUCAAAGUCACUGGGAUGCCGGGCAAGCACGUACCUCCAGGUCCCCUUUCCGUGGCCAACGAUAUCCUUUCCGCCCUUCCCCCAACCAAUGGAUGGCUGGUAGAGCUAGGGUACUUUGACAACGCGGUUUCCAGCUUCCAAUGCGGCUACCGGAUCUACAUCUCCGGUGAUACUCUGAUGGUCCCGGAAUUAAAAGAGAUACCAGAAAGGUAUAAGGGCCAAGGUAUUGAUUUGAUGUUGAUCCACCUUGGAGGCACCACGAUUCCGUCACCUAAGAUGCCCCUUUUGAUGGUGAGCAUGAACGAAACGCAGGGAGUACAAUUGAUACAACUGAUUAACCCGGACCUGACUAUUCCCAUUCAUUUCGACGAUUACGACGUGAUGCUGUCACCCUUGGCUGAUUUCAAGAAGGCGGUUGAGGAGGCCGGUUUUGCACACAAAGUGGUCUACCUUGACCGCAAGGACCAGUUUAGGUUCAAAGUGAUUCAAGGAUGAAGUGCUGCUGUGAUAUUACAUGACUAGGGAAUUAAUUGUGGCAACCGAGGAAAGAGCCAUGAAGAGGCCUUUGCCAGUGUAUGGACGCUCGGAAAUAUAGGGAAGACAUUGCGUUGACAUGCAGAGCUUACGCCGGGCCACAAUAUUAUGAAAUACAAGCCUUUUGAGAUAAGGUGUUUGUUAUUCUCUUUUUGAAUAUUUCCAGCAAGUCGAGCAGAAAUCUUGGAG